AUGCCCGGGGGGGGGUCAGCGCGGCGGGCGGUGCCCGGGGGGGUCAGCUCGGCGGGCGCUGCGGGGACGAGGUCGAGCGGCCGCGCGGGUGCGCGCCCCACGGCAGCCCUGGUUUCCGCGCUGCAGAGCCUUCUGUGUGACCCAUGCACAGCCAGUGAGUCAAAGGGUCUGAAAGGCGUUCGGGGCAGAGCCGGUGUCCCCCGCGGCCGGCCGCACUCCCCAGGGGCCAGCGCCAGGACGCGCCCAGCGCAGAAGCACGUGCGCUUCAGGACACAGGACGCAGGCGCACUCGCCGGCCUCACAGUCUCUCCCGGCUUGCUCCACUUGGCAGGAGACACCCAGCUGGUUUGGAAAUCCACCGUUCAGCCAGCACUCCUCAAGUCACCUCCAUGUGCCAGGCCGGGAUCCGCUCCGAUUUGCAGCUGUCGGUGGAGCUCCAGCCCCUUGGCCAAAAGCCUCCUCAGGGAGCCGGCGUGUUCUCUGUUUCACAGGGACAGGCAAACUCUGACCGCAAGGAGAUGGGAAUCCCAUCAGACAGCAACGGUGAAAAAGCCGACAGUUCCGAGGGUUGGCAGGGCAGCAGGUCACAGGGAACUUAGAACCCUGCUGUGGAGUUCUGGCACAACUGGCACAGCUGCUGGAAAGUCUAGUAUCAGCCAGCAAAGCAGAACAAACACACGUCUUCUGACCGAGCAACUCCACGCGUAUCUGUGCAGCAGGAGGCGUGUGCAAAAUUGGUUUGGGGAACAUUGUUUGUAUGUGAAAAGACUGCACACAAUCCAAAUGUGAUCGGCAGGGACUUCCCUGUCUUAGUCCAGUGCUUAAGACUCUGCACAUCCACUGCAGGGGGCACACGUUCCACCCCUGGCCGGGGAACUAAGAUCCCACAUGCCGUACAGUGUGCCCAAAAAAACAACAACAAAAAACCCCACAAAUGUCACAGGCAGUAAAAUAGAUCAAUAAAUCGUGCUGUGUUCGUACAAUGAAAUGCUCUACGUGGCAGUGGACGUGAACAUGCCACAGGCACGUGGACAAGUCUCCUCCCAGUGCCAAGCAAGAAAGCUUGCCCCUCAACAGUAAGGACAAGUGCUUCCACUCCCACACAGCCCACCCACUACGUGCCAGGCAAGACUCACAAACUCUCCCAGAUACAAAGGUGAACGACAAGACUAAAAAGCCAGGGGGAGCACAGCCUGAAAGUCAGGAUGGGGUUACCCAGGGAUUUCCAAGGAACUGGCAACCAUCUGGUUCUUAACCUGGGUAUUCGCUCUUUUUUAAAAUUGUUAUUCUUUGAAUUGUACGUAUAUUUUCUACAGUCUUUUGUAUAAUGUAUGUAUUUCCUAAUUCAAAAAGUGGACAAAUAAAGAAGGUGGGAAAUGGCAGGUUUAAUUUCAGGCAGAACAGACUGAAAUGUACCAGGACGGCUCAGAAGGGAACCACACUGAUCUAGUCAUAAUAAGGCAAAGUAAAGACUGACUCCCAAACUCUGAAUCAACUAUGUGGCGUCAACUGACACGUGUCUAAAACAGGUAAAUGGAGAAAUCAAAGCUUAAACAUAUUAUUUAGAAAUAUGGAGAAAUAUACCAGAAGAAGCAGCCAGAAGAAUUUGAGAAGAGGGCA